AUGCCACCAGUGCGAACUCCCAAGGCCAAGGCCUCAAAGCCACCCGCACGACCGUCCAAGGCCAAGGCCAAGGACCCAAAGCCACCAGCACAACCUCCGAAGGCCAAGGCCUCCAAGCGCGCGACCGCGACCACGCCCCGCGGGCCAACGGGCACGCCGCCGCCGCUCGGUCUCCAGCCACCACGCACCCCGCCUCCACCAGCGCGGCUCGUGACCGUGCUCGACCGGCUGCCGUUCUCCGACAUCCUGCCCGUGCGGCUGGAGACGGGGCGCGAGUAUCCAAACGUCUACGCCCUCGUCCUGCCGCCACAAAUAACCGACCACCUCCUGUCGGGGCUGUACGACGACAAGCGGGCGUACGUCCGCCAGUCGAUCCUGGGCAAGCGCGUCUUGCUCGAGGCCGGCCUGCGGGCGCACUGGAACCCGGGCACGAUGGUGCUCGUCACCCGCGGCCCGGCGACAGGCGAGCUCCGCCUCAUGCUCCCCGUCAUCCAGUACGACGGCCUGCCAGAGCACGAGGUGCUCGCGAUCCUCGGCGGCGCGCUGGCGGUUGCAGAGCAUCGCGCACGCUGGUCCAAGUGGUCCUCGUGCCCGGCCAAGCGGCUCGACGUCAUCCGCACCAUCAUGGAGGUGUUCACUGUCCCGACGCUCGGCGACGCGCUCUUCCGCCGCGUGGUUGAUGUGUGGCUCGAGGCUGGCGGACGCGAAGAACCCCAGCUCACCGACGAGGAGACGCGCAUCGUGCGCGACGCGGGCGGCUGGACGGCCUUCUCGCGCUCGUACGGCCUCGACCCCACCGACCCCGAGGACAACGACGAGGCGUACGCCAUCGUGCAGGAGCUCGCUGCGCGCGGCGACGACGAGGACGACGACUAG